CACCAAUCAUCAAUGAACACAACAAACACAGGCAAAAUGCAGUACCAUUUUUCCAUAUUAGCUUUGCUCUCAAUAUUUUUCUUCUUCAUUUGGGUAGGAUUUGCAGACGACAACACUGUUAAAUUCGAUGAAAACUAUGUAAUUACAUGGGGAAAUGAUCAUGUUUUGUCUUUAAAUCAAGACACUGAAAUUCAACUCUCAAUGGAUAAGUCUUCGGGAGCUGGGUUUGGUUCGAAGCUGAGUUAUGGUACUGGGUUUUUUAAUAUGAGGAUAAAGCUACCUGAUAAAGAUUCAGCUGGAGUUGUCACUGCUUAUUACUUAACUUCGAAAGGAAACAAGCAUGACGAGCUGGAUUUUGAAUUCUUAGGGAAUAGAGAAGGGAAGCCUAUUAGCUUGCAAACCAAUGUGUUUGCAGGUGGUGUGGGGAAUAGGGAACAAAGGGUUAUUCUCUGGUUUGAUCCUAGUGCUGAUUUUCACAACUAUCGAAUCCUUUGGAACCAACACCAAAUUGUAUUCUAUGUGGAUGACAUCCCAAUUAGGGUAUUCAAAAACAACACAAACAUUGGCGUUGGGUACCCAUCACAAGCAAUGAAAAUAGAAGCUAGCUUAUGGGAUGGAGAUAGCUGGGCAACCGAUGGUGGCCAAACCAAGAUUAAUUGGAGCAUGGCUCCUUUCAAAGCUCAUUUCCAAGGUUUCGAUAUCAGCGGUUGCCCGAAAACCGACUCCAACAACAACAAUAAUAAUAACAAAGACUGUUUUUUACCCGAGCAUUGGUGGAAUUCGGAGAAAUAUUGGACGUUAGACUCGAAACAAAAGACAAACUUCAAAAAUGUAAGAAAAAAAUAUAUGAAUUAUGAUUAUUGUUCAGACCGGAAACGAUAUCCAGUGCCUCCUCCGGAAUGCCUCGUCAAUAGCUAGAUUACGAUGAGGUUUGAGGUUCGAGAUGAUCAGUUUAUGGCCGGAGCUUGAUGGGGUGAACUUGAAUAGUUGUUGAAUAAGUGAAAAUAGAUGUGAUGGGAUGAGAGUUGAGGGCAAUAAUGAAAACACAGUAAAUUGUUAGUAAGAGAAAAAUGUGUAUUCAUUUAAUUGUUACUACUAUUUAUUGUUUAUUAUACCAAUAAUAAUUAAUAACCAAAUAUUAUCAUUUAGGUUUGGUUACUUUGGUA